AUGCCGAGUUCCAUCGCGUCGUCACCGCCGACACUCCUUUUCGACGAAGAAAAGGAUGCUUCGACGUCGCGAGCACCCAGCACCACAGCGUCGUCACCGCCAGCCAACCCGUUGUCCGAGUGUGCCGGUAGCAGUCGCGCACCGAGCGAGGAGCCGGCGGAAUCCGAUUACGAGGACGCUACUAACAUGGACCUGGAACGAAGACUCGCCAAGUUGAGGAAGGUGCUAGAGAAGUCGAAGAUAUAUUCGCAAAUCCUACACGAUCGCCUGGAACAAGAUAAACUGAGGCAGAAGCAAAUACAGGAGCAGCAACGAAGCAAAGUUGGCAGUAAACGCUCUCGAGGGGCAGCCGACCAGGGAGGCGGCAAGAAGAAGUUGAAGAAAACCACGAAUGGCAAGGCCGUCGCUCAGGAGGAUUCUGACGAGAAAACCGCCGAGGAGACUGUGUUCCAGCAACCUCGCCUUAUUACUGGCGCCACCCUGAAGCCAUACCAGCUGGAGGGCCUUCAGUGGAUGGUGUCACUCGACCAGAACGGCAUCUCUGGCAUUCUUGCCGACGAAAUGGGUCUAGGAAAGACGCUACAAACCAUCGCGUUCAGCGCGUACCUUCGAGAGCGCAACAACAGUCGUCCAUUCCUCAUCGUUUGUCCGCUUAGCGUUUUGCACAACUGGAUAGCAGAGUACGAAAAGUUCGCGCCGUCUAUCCCUGUGUGCAUGUACCACGGCACCCCAGAGGAGCGAGCAGAGUUAAGACGCACCGUGAUGUCCCUCACAGAAAUCCACAAAACGGACGAGGAGAAGGCGAAGACCAAGAAGAAAGCGCCACGGAAGUCUCGGUCAGGCCGUAAACUCAAAAGAACGGCGAAGGCGGCGGUUGUCGAGGACGAGUCUGAGGAAGAGGAAAAAGAGCCGGAGCCGCUUUCAUCCUUCCCUGUUGUUGUCACGACGUACGACAUCAUUAUGCGGGACCGUGUUCACCUUUCCCGGUACCAGUGGGGCUACAUUGUCGUCGACGAGGGUCAUCGCUUAAAAAACCUCAACUGCAAGCUGAUGACGGAAAUCAAGAAGUACAGCAGUGCUGGAAGAAUGAUCCUGACUGGAACUCCCUUACACAACAACUUGGCCGAAUUGUGGUCACUCCUCAAUUUCAUUCUUCCCGACAUUUUUGACGACAUCGAGACUUUCCAAGCAUGGUUCAACCUCCCCUCGCUGCAAGAGACAUUACCACAGGAGCAGUCGUCCAGUAUCAUCACCUCUCUGCAUGCGAUCCUCAAGCCCUUCCUCCUGCGUCGACUGAAAGUCGAUGUCGAAAUGAAUCUGCCGCCAAAGAAGGAGUAUGUCCUAUACGCUCCUCUUAGUGUACGCCAGCGCGAAGCAUACGACAAGGUGUUGGAUGGUCAGAUCAGGCAGUGGCUUAUUUCUGGUGGAACCGAAGGGAAGCAGUCGAAACCCGUGGCUGUUGAAGCUCCAGUUGCCGCCAAGGCCGACGAUGAAACUAUCGGCAAGCGCUUGGCGAGGAGGGCCAAAGGCAAGAAGAGCUAUGCUGUAGAUGGGGAUGACGACGAGUACUUUGAGCUCUUGGAGCAGGGAGAGUUCGACGAACGGGGAAGGAGGCGCAAGUUGACCAAGGAGGAGGAGGAAGAAGAGGAAGCACGGAUUGGCCGGGAGCAUCAGGCACGACAGAAAGGCGCGUUUUUCCUAGUUGUCAGUCUAGCCAGUGCUAACGUCCCCCCAGUUAGACAGGUCAACAAUAUGCGACUACAAAACACUGUCAUGCAACUUCGGAAAGUCUGUUCACAUCCUUUCCUCUUCGACUGGCCGAUCGACCCCAAGACAAUGCAACCGAUCAUAGGCGAGGAGUUGGUAAACGCGAGCGGCAAGAUGAUGGUCCUUGACCGUCUUCUCCGGGAGCUUUUCCGACGUGGCCACAAAGUUCUGUUGUUCAGCCAGUUCACCACCAUGUUGGAUAUCAUCGAGGACUGGGCUGUUGAGAACAUGGGGUGGUCGAUAUGUCGAAUCGACGGUUCCUCGAGCCCCUUGGACAGAAAGGCGGAAAUGGAGCGCUUCCAAACAGGAGGGGACGAUCCUGAUGCGCCCCGCUUGUUCCUGCUGAGCACACGGGCUGGAGGAUUAGGCAUUAACCUCGUGGCUGCCGAUACAGUCAUUUUCUAUGACCAGGACUGGAAUCCUCAAAUGGAUGCUCAGGCGCAGGACAGAGCCCAUCGUAUUGGACAAACCAAGCCUGUCCUUAUCUUCCGACUAGUCAGUGCCCACACCAUCGAGACCAACAUCAUGCAACGGGCGGCUGAGAAACGGAAACUUGAAGCACUUGUCAUUGCCAAGGGUAAAUUCCGAAAACCUGCCGCUGCUGCUCCUGCCGCAAAUAACAGGCGUGAGACGGCGGCAGAGAUGGCUGCUGAGCUGUUGAGGCUUGAAGGGGAAAAGAUAGAGGUUGUUCCGGACACUAAAGAGGGCAAGGCCAGAGUCCUGAGCGAUGAAGACCUGGACAUGCUGCUGGACCGGAGUCCCGAGGUUUUCGCGGAUCGUGGCAAGGGCUGGACAUCCACCACAGCCAGGACGACCACCCCUUCUGCUGCUGGACGGUCGCCAUCUGGACGAGGGAAGAGGACUGCGUUCGCUGUUUACGAGGCACCCGCCGAAGAAGGCAACGAUGUACUCGCCCGAAUGUUCGGAGAAAAUGACGCGGAUGAUUAG